ACAAAAUAGAAUCCUCUACAGAAUAAUCCUACUUUCGCCAUGGCGGACGGCAAUUCGAGCAAUAAGAAAUCAUCACUAUCUGAGGCAGAGCGCGAUCUGGAGCAUCAAUCGUUCAUCGAGUUUCAAAAAGCCGACUACCAUGCCUGUCUGCAAACGUUGCAAAAAUUGCUCAAAACGCAAGAAAACAACCCGAAAGUGCUGCACAAUAAGGCGGUUGUGGAGUUUUACAACAGUGACCUGCGACGUUACGAUCAGUUCCGUACGGCCAUGAUGCAGCUGACUGGAUUGGUUGGUGAGAUUCGUACGGUGGACGUGAAAGACCGCGAGGCUUGCGCGGCGUAUGUGAACCAAGCGAUCGUGUUGUACCACUUCAAGCAACCGUUGGGAGCGCUAAAGAUAAUGCUGGCAGUGAUGGCACACUUUGAUCGGUUGGAUGAUUAUUUGCUGCGACGGGCUGGAAUUUUUACCGUACACUUGCUGCUGGACACCAACCAACCGAAGAAGGCGAACCGGCUGCUGGGAAUGUUGCAGAAUCGGUUGGGCAUUCAGGUGUACGCGAUUCUGAGCGAUUCGGAUGAAGACGAACCGCUGAUCGAUAACGAAAGCCGGAAGGAUAUUUCCGAGCUGCAGUUUGAAGAGUUCCGCAAGGAGUUUCGACUGAUACUGAUCCGGUCGAACUUGCUGAAUGGCAAGAAAAAUAUGUCAAUUCCGCUGGAAGAUACAUCAGAGUACUCCAUACUGAAGGGUCAUCAGUAUUUCCUCGGCAAUGACUAUCAGAUGGCUGCGAAGGAACUUUCCAAACAGUUCACCAAUGACCCGGUCUGUGUGAGCAAACAUGGUGAAGAUCAGAACACCAUUCUGGCCAAUAAUAUGGGCGUGAUUCAUUUUUCCGUGAAACAUUACGCACUUGCGGCGAGAUUCUUCCAGCAAGCGCUGCUUUUCGACAAAUCCGCAACGGAGGACUCAUCCACCGAGAAGGUUGAAGGAUCUCCGCUGUAUUGCGUCGGAGCUACGAAACGGCCGGAAAUACUUUACAACCACGGUUUGGCACUGUUGCACCUACAACGCCCGAAGGAAGCGUUCGAGUGUUUACUCAUCGUACUUAACUCGUACCACAACAAUCCCCGACUGUGGCUCCGGUUGGCUGAAUGCUGCAUCAUGGUUCACCGUCAGGAGAAGCAAAGUCAGAGUAAAAACAUUUCGCACGGCGCCGUUGGCAGUGGGGUACACCGGAAGUAUAUUCUUAAUCCCACACCGAAAACACCGGUCGUUGAUGGUGAUCAAUCGUUGGCCAUUCCGGCGACAACGCUCGAGUUUGGUGCGCUAUGUUUGCGCAAUGCGGUCACGCUGCUGGAGUUUCACGAGCCGGAACUUAUCCGUCAAACGGAAAACAGCGAUCGAACUGUGGCGUGGGAUAAGGUAUACGAAGGAGUACCUUGCAAUCCGUCGUUGCCGAUGAAGAUGGCAUCGUUCAACAAGCUCAAGUGUGCCGUGCUUGCCGCAUACAGCUACGUUCUCAAUACGCUGGGCGAGUACACACUGGCAUUCAAAUACGCCAAACAAAUGCUCACGGUGAAGGAUCUGCCAGAGUCUUACCUUUUGCUAUCGCACAUGUACGCUGCGGAAGCACUAAUUAUGAUGAAUCGUCCCCUGGAAGCCAUAACGUACCUGGAGCCAAAGUUUAUCAGCGACCUGACGGGCGAUGACUUCGGGAUGCGUGCAUCGGCGCACUGGAACAUCAACUCGGCCGACGCGGCCCAGUCCGUGAUGCAUUACAACCGGGCGGUGGUACUGUUUCUGAUGGGCGACUACGAGCAGGCAAAGGUAGCCAUGAACACCUGCAACCAUCCAUUGGUGGUGCCACAUUUGAAAAUGUUGAAAGUAUACCAGGAGCUGCUGCUGGGAAACUAUGACAAGGUGCAAUUAUUAAUACGCUACGAUACACCCCAUUUGAUUUAAAUUCAAUAAAUCGUCUGUAAUAAUAUGAAAA